AGUUGUUGUCCCAACUUGGCGCUCUUUUCUUCUCUGGAGCAGAGAUUUAGGAAUGUGGAGCCCAGCAGCUACGUCACCCACAAACCGCCUGGGGUAUCGUGGAUAGAAAACUUUUAAAACGACUGGACUUUAACUAAUACGACUGAUUUUGUGUCUGCGGUGUUUUGAUAACAUUCGUCUCCGCUGGGACGCUGGUCUCCGUCUCCUUGGUAACCCGCUGGACGCCCUGCCUCUGAGGGGGCGGAACCGGAGCGAAGCCGGUGGAGGAUGCCGUUUCACAAUGGAGCCUACUACCCCUACAGCAGCCUCACCCAGGGGACUCACUCCUCAGACGGGAUCCCCUCGGUCCUGAACUCCCCGACCAGCCACGCCGCAUCAGCACCAAGCAUGACUCCGUCCAGCGGAGCCUCCACUUUCCUCCCUUUCAAGUUCCGGCCUCGACGGGAGAGCGUGGACUGGCGGCGCAUCAACGCCGUGGACAUUGAACUGGUGAUGAGCCAGCUGGAUGUGGACGCCCUCCAGGAGCACAUCAGCACCGUGACUUUCUGUAGCUUGGAUGGGGAGCGGUGCCAGCGGUGCCAGAGCCCCGUGGACCCGGCUCUAGUUAAGCUCCUGCAGCUGUCUCAGCUGAUGGUGGAGUGGCUCCUGCACUGCCAGGACCUCCUCAGCUUGAACCUGCGAGCGGCAGAAGAGCGGCUGGUGGCGGCCAGCCUGGAGCGGGAACAGCUGCAGGCUCAGAGCAGGAAGCAGGAGGAGAAGAUGAAGGAGCUGACGGCUGAGCUGAAGCACAGAAGGAAGGUGAUCCGCACCCAGCAGUCGCUGUUCGCACCGCGGAUCAGCAGCAGUCACAAGUGUCCGCAUUGUGAGAAAUACUUCCUGAACAACUCCUUCCUCCUGAACCACCUGCAGCGCCGGCAUCCGGACGAGUUCCAGACCCAGCUGCAGUCAGACGAAGAGAAGAAGUCUCAGAUGGCGAGUCUGAAACAGGAGAUCAGCAGCCUGAAGCAGCAGGUCGUGCAGCAGCAGCAGGAUCUACAGGCCAAGAUCGCUGAGGAGAAGGAGCAGCAGCACCUCCACAGGGAGCUGCAGAGGGAGCUGGACCGCUUCAAGUCUGAGGAGAUGGCACGCAUGGACCGCAUGAUCGAGGACAGCAGGGACGGCAUGCGCCGGGAGAUCAAGUUCCUCUGCAACCAGAACUUCCAGGCUCUCAGCGAAGUGAGUCAGCCGUCCAGGACGAAGACCCCCAGCCCUGUGAGAGAGCCAGAGAGAGACGUGGACCGGUACCAAGAGAUGCAUCUCCAAGCCAUCCAGAAGCUGGAGCUUCAGAUGAAGAAACAGGACAGAAAGUGGGAGUCCAAGCUGCAGGAAAUAAAAUCUGAACACGAAUCUGAGAAGAAUCAGCUGCUGAAGGAGCUGAGCCAGGUGCAGUCGCUGGUGGAGGAGCAGCAGGAGCUGAGCAGGAAGCUGCAGGAGAAGGAGCAAACCAUCCGGGCUCAGAGGGAGCAGAUCAGAACCAUCUCCUCUAAUCCACCCAUCAGGGUGGUGGAAGUCCCAGUUGCCGCGGAAACGGCGGCCCCGAAGCCCAAACCAAAGCGAGUGGUGCUCGAGGAGCCAGUCUCUGCUCUUAAACUGGAUCCUAUUCAGGAGCUGUCGGAGGAGGAGAAAGACUCCGGCAGCAUCUCGGAGAAGAGGCCGGCUGUGAUUAAAUCUGAGCCCGCACCGGCGAGGAAACCAAAGCUGAAAACCGGCGCUCGGAGAAAGAGCCCCGACAUCAAGGAGAUCCGGCCCGCGCUGGAACUCUCUCUUACCAAGAAGCUGGAAGGUCUUGGGGUCAGGGGUGACCAGAGUGGCUUAAAGAACAAGGAGCUGAUGUCUCUCCUGGCCGGUCUGAGCUCGACGCGAGACGCCGCCGUGAAGAAACUGCCUGAUUACUGGAGCUGUCGGGAGGAGAUAGCGAGCGACGCUGAUCAGAGGCUCAGAGCUCGCUGGAGAGGCACCCAACCCGCUCCCGAGCCCCAGUCCAGAUCAAAACAACCUGUUCAAGUCAUGCAGAUCCGCCCACGAUCCAGCAGCCUUCCAUCCAGAUCCAGCCAGGUGGCAUCAUCUGGAGCCACAGCUAAGCAGCCAAAGGUCCCUCAGCCGGUUCCCAGGACCAAACCCACCGUCCAGCCCAAGACAUCAACGCCCAAGAAUAAGACUGCCGUCAGGAUCGUCUCAAGCAGGACCCCUCCGUUCAGUUCAGAUGAGGAAUCUGAAGAAGAGACCGACUCAGAGGAGGAGCCUCCUCAAAAGAGCAAGUUGCCGGCGUCCAGAUUAUUUCAGGCCACGCCAGUCCAGAUUACAGCAAGUAAAACCGGUCCAGUCCAGUCCAAGAGCGCUGCAGCCUUUCAGUCCUCCUCCAAACAAUCAGCGGGAGCUGCAAUCCAGACAGCCGUCACAAAGAUGGAGAGCGAGGAAGAGGACGAUGACUGGUCAGAUGUCAGCGAGCUGCAGGAGAUCGACCCAAAACAGAUGCAGGCUUUCAAAGACCUGAACGGAAAUAUUAACAAAAAAAGAUCUGAUAAAGUUCAAAUCAGUGACUUGGCUCGAAAAAUGGAGCAGCAGUUUGCGGAGAGAGCGGUGAAGAAGCCAGCAGGGGGCGUUAGCGUCCUGCCUGGGAGGAGGGAUGAGGUUCAGGAGCUACUGAUUACAGAUGUGGAGGACAGACAGGAAGUGACUAAACCAACUCUCCGUGGUUCUGGACCCUUGAGGAAGAGCCUGGACUCACCUAGCACCAGCGUGUGGGGAACCUCCACAGGAAAGGGACCCAGCUCAGGUGUGACCGAAGCUGGAACAGGAAGCACCCUGAAGAGCAGCCUUUGUUCCCUCAGUGACAUCAGCGACUCAGAGUACUAACGCAAUAACACACCUGAUGUGAUGAUGUAGCACAAACACAGAGACCUCAGCUUCUAACUCCUGAACCAGACCAGCGAUACACCCCACAGGGUCCAGAGCCGCACCUGUCUCUAUCAACGUCACACUUUGUUGUCAGCUUUAUUUUUUGCCUUGUGCCAACUCUUUGCUUGUCAUAGAUUCAGUGUUUCAUGUGCAUUGUUCUGUUAUUAGGGAUCUCUGUUUUUCUACUUGUGUCAAAUUUUGUACAUUUUUAUUGCUUCAACUCAAAGAAAAUAUUUAUUCAAGCAAUAAAAAAGAUCUUUGUUGAAUUUUGA